UAAGCAGUUUUAAUUUACAUAUCAUUCAAACCCCAUGCUAAUUUUGGGGCUGAUGAAGACGUUUUAUAUGUGCGUUGAUUACACGAGAUGUCCUCGUUCGCCUGCCAGUGGCACUGUGGUCCGCUCAUGUUCGUUGGAAGAGAUCGCUCUCUUGCACUACAAAGGCAACAAUAACAACAGCUGCACUACUUAUCAGAUACCGACCCGGGACUUAAGAACACGGUACGGAAGAUGGCGUGGACAUAAAAAAAUAUUUAUCCCACAUAUUUCUCUGCGGUAGUACAUUGCGAGUUCACCAUGGGGACAGUCCAGCAUUGAUUUGCAGCAAGACGUUGACGUGCUGAAUUGUCGGAGGAGAUUCUGUGUUUAAAGUAAAGUGUAGUGCGCGCGCUAAUGAAUUCAUUUCCCUCAAUGGGUUUUUAUAUUUAGCUUUAGCGCCGAGCACCUGGCAGCACGACCGCGGCCACCGCCGUCUGUCUCGUCCGUCGUUCGCGGUUGAUAACAUUUGAAGGGGAAAAACAAAACGGUCCAAACUUGCCGUUGUUAUCGAGAAAACUCGCCCUUUUUUUUUUCCCUCGCUGCGCUUUUUUUUUUACGUGCUGAGGGGCGCCGUGGACCCGCACACUUUUUCCUGUUUAAAUAUAUAUCAGCGUUAACGGCUCGGAAUGAUGAUGGCCGGUGGAGCCGUGGAACAUAACGGGAUAUUUUCAAAUGCCAACCUUCACGAACAACCGACCCACAUGGAGUCUGAGCUGCCAGACUCCCGAAAACGGUCGCUGGAAACUCCGGCUGAGGAGGCUGGUUGUACCAAACGCACCAACACAGGAGAGGAGGGUGAGUACUUCCUGAAGGUUCUGAUCCCCAGCUAUGCAGCCGGCUCUAUAAUUGGCAAGGGCGGCCAGACCAUCGUACAACUGCAGAAAGAGACGGGAGCCACCAUCAAGUUGUCCAAAUCCAAAGACUUCUACCCAGGAACAACAGAGCGUGUGUGUCUGAUACAGGGUACCGUGGAAGCUCUAAAUGGCGUCCACAACUUCAUCGCGGAGAAGGUCCGCGAGAUGCCCCAGAGUGCCCAGAAGAGUGAGCCUGUGAGCAUACUACAGCCACAGACCACCGUCAACCCCGACCGCGUUAAACAGGCUAAACUGAUAGUGCCCAAUAGCACAGCCGGGCUUAUCAUUGGCAAAGGAGGCGCGACAGUAAAGGCAGUGAUGGAACAGUCAGGGGCUUGGGUGCAGCUCUCCCAGAAGCCCGAGGGCAUCAACCUGCAGGAGCGGGUGGUCACCAUUAGCGGGGAGCCCGAGCAGAACCGCAAGGCCGUGGAAAUCAUAGUUCAGAAGAUCCAGGAGGAUCCUCAGAGCAGCAGCUGCCUCAACAUCUCCUACUCCAACAUCUCUGGCCCCGUGGCCAACUCCAACCCCACGGGCUCCCCUUACGCCAACUCCGCCGAAGUGCUGCCAAACGCAGCCGCGGCUGCCGCCACCGCCUCCAGCCUCCUGGGACAGGCCGGCCUGACGGGAAUGGGCACGUUCCCAACGGCCAUGUCCAGUUUCUCCGGCAACGACCUGCUGGCCAUCACCUCUGCGCUAAACACCCUGGCCAGCUACGGCUACAACACCAACACCUUGGGCCUGGGCCUCAACCCGGCAGCCGCCUCCGGUGUCCUCGCCGCCGUGGCCGCCAGCGCAAACCCCGCCGCCGCGGCCGCAGCUAACCUCUUAGCCUCCUACGCUAGCGACGCCUCCGGCGGACACCCGGCGGCGGGCCUGGGCGGGUUCUCGCUGGGCUCCCUGGCCGCCGCCACCGGGGCUUCCAACGGCUACCUGAACGCCUCGUCCCCACUGAUGGCGUCCUCCCUCCUGGCCGCCGAGAAGCUGGGCGACGGUGCCAAGGACGUGGUUGAGAUCGCCGUGCCGGAGAACCUGGUGGGCGCCAUCCUGGGGAAAGGAGGGAAGACGCUGGUGGAGUACCAGGAGCUGACCGGCGCCCGCAUCCAGAUCUCCAAAAAGGGGGAGUUCAUCCCGGGCACGCGGAACCGUAAAGUUACCAUCACAGGGUCCCCGGCCGCCACGCAGGCCGCGCAGUACCUGAUCAGCCAGAGGAUCACGUACGAGCAGGGCGUGCGCGCCACCAACCCACAGAAGGUGGGCUAAAAUUGAAAAAAAAGGAGAAGAGGAUAGAAAAGGAAUGAUG